AACCUUCUGACUGCUGACCGUACUUUUCCCGAUCUUUCCUGCCCACUCUUCCCUCUUUACCGCUCAGCCUCCCUACCACCAGCUCCACUUCAUAGGACUGCUCGAGCUAAACUAGCCUUUGAUAUUCAAGCAGUUGAGAUUUUUUACCUCCAACUGUAUUCAGAUGUCAACUGCCAUGGUUACACAGCUUGGGAUCCCGUGGAAAAAGCGAUCAUCAUUGCAUUCCUUAUUGUUCCAUUCUUUGACAAUGGUCAUCUAUUCAAAUACUUCCAUGAUGCAUUCUUCUUCCUUUGGAAUGGAGGACUCGAGCAACAAGUCCGCACACUCAAGUACCAGUACCCUAAUUAUAAGUUCUAUGUAACUGGUCACUCGCUAGGUGCAUCAAUCGCAUCUAUAUGUGCGUCAUAUCUGGUUAAAUUUAAUAUGACGACACCGGAGAAUCUUCGACUGGUCACAUUUGGCCAGCCUCGAACUGGUGACUACGACUUCGCAGCAUGGCAUGAAGCUACGUUCCCGUAUGCCUAUCGCAUUGUUCACCAUCGCGAUCCCGUGCCACACAUUCCACCCAUGAUCGGAGCUGAUCAAGUGUUUCAUCAUCGAUACGAAGUUUGGUACAAUAAUGAUAUGGCCGUUGGACAGCCAUACACAAUCUGUAAGGAAUCGGAUGGUGAUUACUGCAGUAAUACAGUGAUCAGUACAGAAGGCUCGGAUCAUGAUUCGUACUACAAUCGGGAUCUUGGUCGUUGGGCAUCUCAAGGUUGCCCACCAUGA